CAGAGCGUGCGCUUCUUUACUUCUUCGGCCACGCGCGUGUUUAUGAGUGCUCAAAAGUGGAACAGUCGAGCUCAAUCAGUACAAUUUUUUAAUAUCUUAAUCGAGAAUCGUUACACUUAAGAGUGUAAUACGAAAUUCUAGUAUUAUGAGAUGUUUUAUAUAAAACGUUCAACGAUCAAGCACAUAUUCAACUCUGUAACUCAUUCCAUUUUCUCGAAAAUUUAUUGAAAACUUCAUUAAUUAAAAAGUCCAAGUAUCUAACAAGAAUGAAACUGCUGCAAUUAAUUUUACUAUUGGGAUUUUUCUCACACACCUUGAGUGACAAAGAAAAUGAGUCGACGGCAAAUAGUGUAGCAAUAAAGUAUGAAACAGACCUCGAAGGAUAUACCUUGCCGUUCAUUGAGAGAGAUCUGGAGUUUUUAGCAAGUCUUGUGGAACAAAUUAAUAACGAUGCUUGCCGGAACCAGUGUCGAGCAAUUAUUUUGGGUCUUCACAAUCUUACGACAUGGGCAGUCGAAUUCUGGGAUGCGUCUGGGAAACUGCCAGAAGGUGUUUUAAGUGGCUCAACUUUUCACCUUGGCAACUUUGAUGAGUGCAUGUCCAUCGGCAAGAACCCAGAGGAUAUGGUACCUAAUGGAAUCAGGGGCCAAUACUGUUUGACAAAUGUGAAAAUCGAAAUUUCCGAAGAAGGUGUCCUGAACAAACUCUUAUCACCCAUGUGGCAAAAAUUCAAGAAACUCGAGCAACGUUACGAUGAUAAAAUCAAUGAAUUACACUGGGGCAUGUGUGUUCCAAGUGCUUGUUCAAAAGAUGACGUUCAAGAUGUCAUGGAAACGAUAUUUUCAAAUGUAUUAAUGACCACGAGUUUGCAGAUCAAAACGCAUCUAGAUGAAAAAUCAUGUUAUAAGGAUGAACCGAUUACUGUCGAUGCUUAUGAUAUAGCCUAUCUAACUGUGAUAUUAUCAGUGAUAGCCGUUAUAAUAAUAGCUACAAUUUACGAUGUAUUUUAUAUAAAAAAUAAAAAGGAUGUAUCGAGAAGUAUUGGACCACAGAUUUUGUUGGCCUUUUCGAUGCCAGAAAAUCUAAAAAAAUUGUGUAGUCCAGCUCACGACGACUUAAAAUUCGAGUGUAUCUCUGGUAUGAAGUUUCUAGCUAUGCUUUUUAUUAUAGCUGGUCACACAUUGAUCUUUGUUGUCAGUGGACCAGUACUCAAUCAACAAUAUUGGCAAGAGGCUAUUGGCAAAGUGGAAAAUUCUAUAUUCUUGAAUAAUCCUCUACUUGUUGACACGUUUCUUCUUCUCAGCGGUUUUCUUUUUGCCAGGAUUCUUCUUCAAGAACUAGACAAGAGAAAAUCAGUUAACUUUGCAUUUAUUUAUAUUUAUCGCUACCUCAGGCUGACGCCAGCCUAUAUGGUAAUCGUAGGACUGUACGUGACUUGGCUACCGAAACUAGACUCCGGGCCACUUUGGUCACGAAUGAAAUUAGAAAACGAGAGGUGCAUUGCCUCCUGGUGGGCCAAUAUACUUUACAUCAACAAUUACGUCAAUACUGAUCAGAUCUGUAUGUUUCAAUCUUGGUACUUGUCAGUGGAUACACAAUUAUUCAUUCUUGCACCGGCUAUAGUUUAUCCACUUUGGAGGUGGCGCAAAGUUGGACACUAUUUAUUAGGAGUAUCCACAGUUUUUACCACAAUUUUACCAUUAGUAGUAACUUACGUUGAAGAUUUGGAUCCCACACUGCUUAUUUACACACCAGAAGUAAAAGAUAUUUCAGCAAACAAAUAUUUCAAGACUAGCUAUAUCAAAACUCAUAUGAGAGCUGGUGCAUAUUGCUUUGGUUUGUUAUAUGGCUACAUUGUCUACCGCAUACAAAAUUCAGACACCAAAAUUCCCAAGAAUACGGUAAUGAUCGGUUGGCUGCUGGGCAGCUGUGCUCUUCUAGUAUCGAUGGGAUCGAUUAGCGUCUUUUACGGGCCAAGAAAAAAUUUCACCACUGUCGAGGCUGCCUUCUAUUCGUCCUUGCAUCGUGCUUUGUGGAGUCUUGGCACUGGCUGGGUCUUGCUCGCUUGCAUCACCGAUAAUUCUGGUCCACUUCGCAAAUUUUUGAAGUGGAGACCAUUCGUACCUCUCAGUAGGCUUACUUAUGCUGCAUACCUAGUCAAUGGUCUGGUUGAACUUCACAGCGCAUCAACCGUUAGAACGCCUCAGUUUCUAGAUACUUUUGGAUUGUUCGGUAAGGUACUCUCUCACCUCAUGCUAACUUUUGCCGGCGCAGUAUUACUUUCAACGAUGUUUGAAUCUCCAAUAUUAGGAAUAGAAAGGAUUUUUCUGCACAAAGCAAAAAAAUCAUCUGGGUCACUUACAAAAAAAAGUGACAGUGAAGAAUCUACAACAACAACUACUGAUGCAUGAAACAAGACUUGUUUAUAGUAGUUAUGCAAGAUUUUAAACAUCAGUUAAUUGUUCACUAAUAUGAAUUUUGUACAUAUGUUUGCGUGGAUAAAAUAUCUAAAUUAUUUUCGUUAUCUGUAUCUGUACAAUUUUCUGUGAUGCCAUGCAUGCAAAAUUCAAGCUUAGAAGCAUUAGUGUUUACUGCCCAAAAACUCAUGAACUAAAUUUUAUUUCGCUGUACAGAGAAAAUAAGAUUUUUGGAUGCAGUAAAUAUAACAUUGCCAAAACUUCGUACACAGUACUUUUUUUUACUUUCAUGUCAGGUAUAUUUUUAUAUUUGUUGAAUUUAUUUAUUUUUAUAUGCAUUUUAUAAGCAUUUUAUAGGCAUAUUAAGGAUUUUGGACAAAAAGUAUAAUAAGAUGUAAGAAAUAAAAAUAAUGAUGAACAUUAUAUUCAACAGUUUUAGGUCUGAAAAUAUAGUAUAGUUCAUACAAUUUAUUUAAGGGUUCAAACAAAGUACUUUUAAAGUAACUCAUUGAACUUAACAUUAUAAGCAUAAAUUUUCUAAAUGAAUCAAUGGGACAAAAUUCUUCAUUCAUUUCUUAAAAUGAUCAUUAUUCUUUGACUAUACUUAUGAAAUUAGUGUACGUAAGAAUAAAUCAAAUAUCUUGAAAAGUAUCUUUGUCAAUAAAAAACAAACAUUUU